CAUGUGACUAUCGGGUGCUUGGAGGGUUGUCCAAUAGUAUGCGUUAUUUUAGAUAGAUCUACAUGUAUUAAAAGUGGAAAGAAACCCUUUGGUACACCAGACUAGGGGUCAGACAUACUACAAUGCGGUUCCUUACUUGCAUGCUGGUUUUUCUUUAUUUUCCUAACGGAGGCGAGGGAGCUGUUGACGCAAGUAUUGAGAAAAGCUGUAUAGCGAUGCACACCUUUCAAAAAACUUACAAUACUCUGAAAACAAAACUACUCGAUAUUAACACCGAGAUGAAUCUACUGAAGGAUGAUGUGGACGAUGCUAUUGAACAGACUUGCGGGCCUUUAGGAAGUCUUGGAACUGCAAACACACACUUAUUUCGACUAACGUAUUGUAAUUUCGAGGACAACGAAGAUGAACAAUGCACAUUUACACCAGUGUAUUUCGUUAUUAAUCAAGCUAUCACUGAUCAUACAUUUGGUAGCAAGAUAGGACAUGUGUACUAUGAUCCUGCGUAUACGUCUUUAUCCAAGUUGACGUCAAAGAUAUUUCCACCAUCACACGCUUACUGCAUCAAGUUUUAUGUUUGGUUGUCUGGAGUAACAACUACUGGAGAAAUAAAGAUGUAUCUACAG